CUUCUGCUGCUACUGCUAAUGCUACUCUGACUACUACUACUACUACUAAUAACGAUAGUGGCAAUUUUGAAAACAAUGGUGCACUUUGUGCUGGUAAGAUUAACUUUUGGACAUAAAUUAAAAAAGAAUCUAAACAGUUUUUAAAAAAAUGCUCUAAUGCGCUGCAGUCGGCUCUGAAAGCAGGUGUAUCUGCAGACAAGAAGAGACUUUAAUCCUUUAAGAGGAUCAGGUCUGAGAUCUGGGGGACACACACACACCACACAAUCCAAGAGGAACUGAGCGCACUGUUGUUAACUCCACAUGGCAUUUCUGUCAUUUUUCUGUCAUGUUCAGGUGAAAUAUGCUGCGUUUGGUGCAGUUCUGGCUCGUUGUGGAACAUGAACAGUGAUGGAGGUCGAGGCCAUGUUCGGUAAACCCAGUCGUUUGGUCGUCAUGUGUCCUGAACUUGAAGAGAACUGAACAGAGGAAGAGGUGGCAGGUGAGUAAGUCAUGGCCGUGCUGGAGGUGAUCUGCAGCCUGAUUGGCUGGUUAGGUCUCUACGUGCUGUUCUGCUGCAUCUUCACUCGGCGUGGGCCCGAGUGGAGCUGCCGCCUGGUCACGCUGUGCCACGGGGUCGUCAUAGUGCUGCUGACGGCGUAUGUCGUCUUCAUAGACGGACCCUGGCCUUUCACACAUGCAGGUACAGAGAACACUGAACUCCAGGUCUUUGCUCUCUCCGUCUGCCUCGGCUACUUCUUCUUCGAUGUCAGCUGGUGUGUGUGCUACCACACUGAGGGCCCUGUCAUGCUGGCCCACCAUGCUGCCAGUAUCCUGGGCAUCCUGCUGGCACUGCUCAUGGGAGAGUCGGGCUGCGAGACCUGCGGCGUCGUCUUCGGCAGCGAGAUCACCAACCCGCUGCUGCAGACCCGCUGGUUCCUCCGCCAGCUGGGCCUCUACGACAGCCUGCUGGGCGACGCCGUUGACCUGCUCUUCAUCGUACUGUUCGCGACGGUGCGCGUGGGCCUCGGCACGGUGCUGUUUUACUGCGAGCUCACCUCACCCAGGACGUCACUGGUCAUGAAGCUCGGGGGCGUGGUCAUGUACGGACUAGCCUGGGUCUUCAUGGUAGACAUCGCCAGAUUUGGCUACAAGAAAAGUAGAGCAAAGUAUAAAAAGUGGAUGGACAAUCAUAAACUCAAAGAAAAACUGGACGGACUUUCAGACAAGAGCGACUGAAGGGAUUCAUUUUGAAGAUCGUUAAAGGGAAAGAGGAACUAGCUAAUAAAACCUACACCAAUACCUUGCCUACAAUACCUUAACAAUGUGUUUAUUUUGGCAUAAAACAAGCUUUUCCAAAUAAAAACUGACGUAUGUGUCGCCUCGUAAA